AUGCUAGAAACCGCAUUCCAAAGCGUCCAAGACUCAAGUCUUGUUGUUGGCAAGAACUACAUUGACGGAGAAUGGCGAGAGUCACGAUCGAACCAACGGUUUCAGGCUGACAUAUGGGCAAACCCCGCAAACAACCAGCUGCUUGGGACGUCUCCAGAGUCCAACGUUGACGAUGUCGAAGAUGCUAUACUUGCGGCUCAGAAAGCUCUACCAGCAUGGAAGAGCAAGAGUGGACGAGAGCGAGCACGCAUCCUCCGCCGAUGGUUCGACUUGAUCAUUGAGCACAAGGAAGAUCUGGCCAAGAUCAUCAGCACGGAAAACGGCAAAGCGCAAGCUGACGCCGCUGGUGAAGUUGGAAUGUGUGCUGGCUUCCUAGAGUGGUUUUCUGAGGAGGCUGCACGUAUUCACGGAGAUGUAGCACCUCACUCAAAUCCGACUUUCCGCAUCAACAUUAUCAAAGAGCCGAUUGGCGUUUGUGCCAUGAUUCUGCCCUGGAACUUUCCCGCAGCCAUGAUGGUCCGCAAGCUUGCUGCCUCCCUUGCCGCCGGCUGUCCAUCGAUCGCGAAACCGGAUGGACUAACACCAUUUAGCGCAAGCGCAUUCGCUGUUCUGGCAGAAAGAGCAGGUAUCCCCACGGGUGUUUUCAAUCUCAUCCAUGCGCUAGAAAACACGCCCGCAGUGGGCAAGGCAUUGUGUGAGCAUCCCUUGGUUCGAAAGCUGUCGUUCACAGGCUCUACACGCGUUGGGAAGAUUUUGCUUGCUCAAUCAGCAUCAAAUGUGCAGAAGUUGAGUCUAGAACUCGGCGGAAACGCCCCAUUUCUGGUACUCGAUGAUGCAGAUCUCGAAGUUGCUGUAUCGAGCCUCGUAGUCUCGAAAUUUAAGGUCUCUGGCCAGACUUGCGUCUGCGCAAAUCGCAUUUACGUUCAGGAGGGUAUUCACGACCAGUUUGUCGAGAAGCUGCUUACAGCUGUUCGGGCAUUCAAACUGGGACCAGCUUCGGAUGUCAACACUACCCAAGGCCCUUUGAUCAAUGCGAAUGCCGUAGCCAAAUCAAAAGAUCAUGUUGAAGACGCCAUAUCGAAGGGAGGAAAGGUCUUGGUGGGCGGAAGACCCGCAAGCGAACUUGGACCGAACUUUUUCCAGCCCACGGUCAUUGUCAAUGCAACGCAAAACAUGAAGAUUGCACAUGAGGAGACCUUUGGUCCCGUCGCAGCUAUCUUCAAGUUCAAGACUGACGAGGAGGGUAUUCAAUACGCGAAUGACGCCGACGUUGGCCUGGCGUCUUACCUGAUGACAACUGGGCAUGACCGGGUCCGCGCGUUCUCCGAGGGAUUGCAGGCCGGUAUGGUAGCAGUCAACACUGGAGUAAUUGCCGAUCCUGCAUCACCGUUUGGGGGUAUCAAAAACUCUGGCUUUGGUCGAGAAGGAAGCAAAUAUGGACUUGACGAAUACCUUACGUUGAAGACCAUAGUUACGGGUGGUUUCAAGAGUAUUGUUUGA